AGCCAGACUAUGCGCGUGUUAUUUGGCGUGGUCGCUGGCCUGUCCGUAAUAGGCAAUAUGUUGUUGUGCAUUGUGAUGAUAAGACGACGUGCUAUGUUAGGAAAGACGUACAACAUUCUUAUAUUUAAUCUGGCUGUUGCUGAUAUGCUGACAGGGUUUUUUUUAUUCAUUACACCUCGCUACGUACUGCCUCAAGAGACAUUUCCUCGUCUCUAUGGUAACUCUGCUGAAGCAUUCUGUCGAGUUGUGUUUUCAACGUAUUUUUUAUUUUGCUUUGGAAAAGCGUCAAAUGCUACAGUCAUGUGUCUUGCCAUCGAUCGCUGGUACUCCAUUAUUAAACCAAUCAAAUACAAAAUAGCAUUCGGUAAGCGACGUCUCCUUGGUUACAUUGCCCUUAUAUGGGCAACCAGCGCUGUGACAGAGUGCCUUGGAUUGUUUAUAACGAAGGCUGAGAAUGGUCGUUGUGCCUGGACCGAACCACCUUACGGUGACAGUGCAUACAAGGUUUUCAUCCUUGUUCACGUGAUUGUUACGUUUUACAUCCCGAGUGUGGUCACGUGGGGAUCAUUUAUCCAUAUUUUGAGUAAUCUAUCCCGUAAUAAAUUAAAUCGGCAAAACAACGACGUGAGAACUAAAAAACGCUUAGUGCGCAUGUGUGCUCUGGCAGCAUUCUUCUUGACGAUAUGUUGGUUUCCUACAGAGACAUUCUUUGUGCUUAAGAAGUUCAAUGUUCUUACGCUACCUGAUGUUUGGUAUUGGAUCUUUAACUUACUGGGAAUGUUUAACUCUUGCAUCAACCCAUGGUUAUACUGUCUAAGCAACAGACAUUAUCGAAGAGAAUUCGCCAGAAUUGUACCUUUUGUGCAAACCUGGGACUUAAGACGAGUGUCAUGGCAACCAUCACAUGCAAACUUAAAGACAGAUGUGAAUGGACUAGAUACUAGCUUGGAAAUAGUAAACCUGGGAAUGAGCCAAAAAGAUGUCGCAAUAUAAAGAUUCCUCAACCA